GGACAGUUCAGUCUUUAGUCGCUGUUUCGAUUCCAACGCCGCAUUAACGUCUCUCAUGCGGAUCAGAAUCAAACGAUAACUUAGACAAUCCGACGCGCGACGUGUUCUCCGCGAAUUAUAAUUUACACCAAUUAAAUAUACCUACCUAAACGACUUAAUUUAUACAUUACGGUUGUAAUUAAAAGUGGAUUUGUCACAAACUUACAAUGGGUCAAUACGAACAACCUCACUCAUACGUUUGGCCUGCAGAUUAUAAUUGGAUGAAACCACAGCAUCAUGCUGAAGUUUCAACAGUAAGCCAAGUAAACUUCCCAGUGUCAUCAACAGAAGUACUGGUGCCAUGGCUAUUAUCUAUGUGGAUGAUGGGAAACAAAACCCCUACAGACUACCCUAAACGCAAAAAUGUGAAAAAACCAUACAGAAAAGGCCGAAACGAAAACACGGGAUUUAAAGAUCGUUUUACGUGGGGCCAAAUAGAUCUAGAAUAUCCCAAUCAAGAUACGAAACAGAUGGCUAUCAAUACCGGUGCAUUUAUACCGAUUAACAAUCUACUGUUGGGGUUGGAAGUGUGGAAAAACAAGAUGUUUUUAAGCCUGCCGCAGUGGAGACCGGGAAUACCAGUAACGUUAGCGUACGUGGAUUUGAACAGUUACACCAAGUCUCCAAUGCUGAAGCCAUAUCCCUCGUGGAACUGGUACGCUAAUAAUAUGAACCGCUGUCAUGGUUUGGUGUCCGUGUUCCGGAUGGAAGUGGACAAGUGUGACCGAUUGUGGGUGUUGGAUACAGGCGCGAUAAACUUGGCGAACAGUGUCGAUCAAUUAUGUCCGGCCAAACUAGACGUGUUCGAUUUGAAAACCGACACACACAUUAGGCGUUUUAUCAUACCGGCAAAUCAAACGUUAAAAGAUUCGCUGUUUACAAACAUUGUCGUUGAGAUUCUCAACGAUAAUUGUGAAGACGCGUACGCCUACAUGUCAGACGUAUUUCAAUACGGAUUGGUUGUUUACAGCUAUAAGGAGGACGCCUCUCGCCGGAUCAACCAUCCGUAUUUCUAUCCGGACCCGCUGUACUGCCAUUACAGCAUGGACGGCAUAACGUUCAACUGGAUGGACGGUAUUUUCGGCAUGUGCCUGUCGCCGGACGUCGGCGGUGCCGGUCAGCGGGUGCUCUACUUCCAUUCGCUGUCCAGCAACAACGAGUUCUACGUGCCCACCGCAUCGCUGCGUAACGGCACGCUCAGCGAAGGCGACAUCAUAGAGCAUUUUUUCGCGCUCGACGAGUCGCGGUGCGCGCGCCACCAGUCGUGCCAAUCGUCCGGCAUGGCGAUGGACGCGAAGGGCGUCAUGUACUAUAACCUGGUAACCGCGGGCAAGGUGGGCUGUUGGCACACCGAGCGCCCGUUCGGAUCGGUCACGCAGGGCCUGUUGUCCAGCGGCCCGACACCGAUCAGUUUCCCCAACGACCUCAAGGUAGACAAGGAGCCAGCGCAGAGGGUGUGGAUGCUCAGCAACAGUCUGCACAAGUAUAUGUACGGCAAAACGGACCCGAACCAGAUCAACUACCGGAUAAUGGUGGCGUACACGGACGACGUCGUCAAAGGUACGGUCUGUGAAACCAACUGAUCACUCUCUCUAUAUAUAUAUAGGUAGAUAAUAAUAUUUGACUAAAUAAUUUAAGACUUGAAAAACUGUUGAAAUAAAAAUCGGCCAAUAAAUGGAUACUACGUUAUAAUAAUAAAUAGUAAUAAACUAAUAAAUAGUAGCUGGUAGGUAUAUAUAAUAAAAUCCGAAAUUUAAAAAGAAAAAAAAUAAUAAUUAAAAUCGGUAUUCAAACUCAAAACUAUAACGGCAUUUUAAAUAAAAAUAUUGGAAAAAAUUUAAAAAUAACCUCUAUAAAAAAACAUAAAUGUAUCUAGAAAUAUAUUAUUCAUUUUAACCUAACUAUAUCUAAUUUUAUUCAUAACAAUUAUAAAAUAUUUUUUUAUACAGAAAUACUGUAAUAAACCAAAAUAAAUAACCGGUAACUAAAAUUGUUAUAAAAACCAAAAUUUAAUUUAGUUGUUGCCAAAUUUAAGACGAAAUAUGUACUUAUUAUAUUUGCUCAAUAUUAUUAUAUAUUUGAUACUUAAAUAUACAAAUUACAUGUAUAUAUACGUAUAUACAUUAAUACAUUACACGUAACUACACAAGUAUCAAGUACAUUAAGUUCGUACUAUCAGUAUCUUAAUAAUUUACAACAUAUACGAUUAUACGAGUGCCAAAUAGUUUUUCUACAAUAAAAAUAAAAAUUGAUAGAUUUGCGAUGCAAGAAUUAAAUUCACCCGGUACGCGAUCAAAUAGGUUACGCGAGAAUAGCGGCCAGUAGGAGGUAUACCUAGUCAACAUUAAAACGCGUUAAACUAUAUUCAUGACAGCUAAAUUUCCUUAUUUUGUCAAAAAACUCCUUAUGCUAUAGUAAUAAAUACUCAGUAAUCUAAUAGUUAAGAAAUAUUGAAUUACAAUUAUUUGCACAUUAUGUAAAUAUAUAGGUAUAUAUACAGAAAUAAAUAGAAAUCCCAGAUCGUAUUUUAAAACUCCUUGUUUCAUGGGUCUUUUUAAACUCCAAGAAAGUUAACUGAAAGUAUCUUUUUUUAAUAAUUCAAUUGCUUUUUAUAAGGUUAAGUUAUAGUAGUAUUAUUUAUUAUUAGGGUUCGGAUUUUAAAGCAUAAGCUUUUUAUUUUAUAUGUGAGAUAGAAAUCUAUGUUUUAUACAUGAAAUUCGUUUCACGUCAUUCUGAUACAAUUUAUUUUGGCUUUUUUUAAGUAAAUGCUUUUUUUGCAUUUUUAUUGCUUUUAGAUUCUGAACGAAGUGUGUGUGUGUUAACUCAAAAACUAACACCACUAUAUACAUACUUGAAAUUAUCACUAAAUGUUUAUAUUAGCGUUAUCUAUAUAUGGUUAAAUUUUUCAAAAUAUUUUGACAUUUUUUGAACUAUUUAUAGACAACUGAAAUUUUUGAUUUUUCUGAGUGUCGAUAAAAAAAUUUUGAGUGCCCAAAAACACUUGAAAAUUUAAUACAACGUAUCUCAUAAGCCGUUCUUCUUAUAUAGUUAAAAAAAAUCAAAAAUCUUUAGUCAAAAUUUUUUUUUUAUAAGUAUUUAAAGUUUAAAUUUUUACGAAAUAUGUCAAAACCGCAAAAAUGUGCAAGUAAUUUUGUAUUUGAAAAUUCAUAAAAUUGUUUGUAUUUAUAUCUUAGGUUAAGAAAUUCAACACUAAAUUUUUCGUAAGUUUUCCUUCAAAUGGCUAUAGAAAAAACUCAAAGCGUCGUUAAAGGAAAAAUGUUAUGAGCGUUUGAAUUUUAAAUUUUUACAAAAUCGCUUGACGAUAACGAUUUAUCCUCUAACGAUUUUAAAUAUUUGUUAUUAUUCAAAAAGUAUAAGUCGUUGAUACUUUAAAAUUUUACUAGUUUACAAAAUUGGCAUUUUCUUUACAAGAUUUAAUUUUCAAAAUAUUUUGCUUAUCUUAAGGCUAUUUAUAGGAAAUUGAAAUAUUCGUUUUUAUUUAGUUUUUUUUUUUUUAUAAAUAUCGAUAAGUCAAAAUACUUGAAAAUGUAAUUUAAAGCUCCUCAUAGUUAGUCUUAUGGUGUUUCAUAACUUAUAAGAAUACAUAGGCACAAUUUUUUUUUAUUAACAUUUGAAAUACAAAAAUUCGUUAAAAUCAUGAAUAUUUGUAAAUUUUUUUAUAGUGUGAUAAUUCAUAAAAAUGUUCGUAUAAGUAGCUUAGAGUUAAAAAUUUAAUACUUACAAGAUUUUCCAUAAGUUUGGCUUGCAAUAAUUAUAAAAGUACUUGAAAGUUGGCCAAUUAAAAAAUUUUUUAUCCAUACUUUAAAUUUGUAUUCACUCGUUAAAUAACGAUUUACUGUCAAAUAAUUUUAGAUUUUUGUUAUAGAUAAAAAUGUAAAGAAUUUGUUUUCUACGUAUAAAAAUAUUGUGUCGGGAAAUAAAGUCAGUUUCACUACCUACUUCUGAAUAUCUAGAGAAAUACAUAGUAGUUAAUUAUUUUUCUAAUUUAAAUUAACAUUUUAAAUUUUUUAUUUUUUUUUUAUAACUAGUUUAUUUUAAUUUUUGGUCAUGCUUUUUUUUAAAAGGAAAUGUGAUCACUGAAUGGUUUCUUCCCUAACCAAAUUCAUGUUUUUUAUAUAAUGUAGCACAUAUUCUUAUUAUACCUUUAGGCUUUAGAUAUAGAUUGUAUAAUCUCUAAUAAAAUUAUAAAAGAAAAAAAAAUACUUUUUUUUUGCUUUUUUAAAACAAUCGUGUACUUUUUUAAUAAUUAGUUAUUAUCCUUUAAAACUCGAGCCCUAUUAUUAUUAUCAAACUAUUUUUCAUAGCAGUUACAAUAAUAUUAGUUAGUAUCUAUAUGUUAUAAACCUAGUUAAAACUUUAUACCGUAAUCUAUAGUUACAGUAGAACACUGUAUACUAUAUACAGCCAUUGAGGUAGUAUAAUAUAUACUUUCAAUUCUAUUCUCUAUACUAUUUCUAGUUUUAUAGGUAAGCAUAUAUAAUAUUUAGGUAUACGAUACCUAGCCAUAUAUCAUAUGAUUUUAUGUAAUGUUUUUCUCCAUUGUACGACUUUUAUACAGUCGUCUGUACAUAGUAUACCUAUAUUAUAAAUAUAUAGAUGCAUAUUUUAUUUACUUAUAAAAAUAAUUAUUCUCUAUACUCAGUAUCACUUAUAAUUUGAUGAAAAUAAAUGUAUGAAUAAUGUAAUACAUUUAUAAAUAAACAAUAAUUAAAUUAAUAAUGUGAUAAACACCAUAGAAUUAAAACAAUGAGAAUAGUAUAAUGAGCUUUUGAGUGCUUUUAAGACCCCCAAAUAUUUGACCAAACUUAAGCUACUGAACCACUCAAUAUUAAUCUUUAUAUUAAUCUCCGCAGUUUAAAACUGUUAAGAUUCAUUCCUCGAUGCAAAAAAGUACACAUGUAUUCAAUUAUUUUUAUUUUAGUGUAAGUUUAACAGUUUAUUAUAUCUUUAACACAUAUAAACAUAUAAAUAUAUAUACAUAUAUUGAUUUUUGUAUAUUUAAUCUUUUAUUAUAAUUUAUAACAUUAUU